AUGGAAUCCAUGAUAAUACCAUAUAAGAAAAGAAUACUUAAAGCCACAACAUUAUUAUUAAUUUGCACUUUCAUUCUUAUUCUGGAUAUGUUUUUCAAAGAACCCUUAUAAGCAUUUGAAGUUUAAGCACUUAUAUCAAUAUAAAAUGGAAUGGGUAUUAAUGGUCAUAUAAUUGAAUCUAUACCUUUUUUCUUACUUGCAAAUAUCUAAGAAUAAUAUGUAUUUUUAUUGAUUACAAUGCAUGUAUUAAGUACCAUCUAUUUUUUACAUGAUCGCUUUAUUGCUAUAAAAUGUAUGUUUAUUCUAUAUUUUGGAUGGUACUUUUUAAUGCUUUUACAAAUGAUUUAUAAUUUGCCAUAACCUUUUUGGGUUGAUUCUGAUAUUGAUACAUAUUUUUGUGAUUAAAAAUAUGGUGGCCCUGGAGAUUCAAUCUACUUACCUGCACUUUUUAUAUUUACAUUACUCUAUUAUAAUCAAUGUUAACUUAAAGCAUACAUAAUAGCUUCAGUUUCUAUUUUAUUCUAUUGUUUUGCUGUUUAUAUUUCAGCUUAAGUUUUUUUGAUGGAUCUAGUUCUAGGUUUUGUUUAUUUUAUGCUUUUUUAUGCUUUUGUAAUAAAUUAUGAUAAAAAAAUAACAACAUUUAUAAAAUCAAAAGACAAUGAUAAACUUUUUGGAAUGAAAGUAUUAGGAGUAGUGUCUUUUUUAUUUAUUAUAGCACUUAUAUACUAUACAUUAAAAGAUUAUAAUGAUAAUAUUGAUUGGAUUACAAAUUAUUUUACUUGUUAUAUGAGAUAAUUCACUGUUGGAGAUUGUAAAUUAAAAUAUAUAUUUAGAUUAACAUUAUAGAUUUAAUACAAUUUUAGGAUUGGAACCUACAUUUUGUUAAAUAACAAUUCUUAUUUGUUUAGUAGUUAUGGGUUUCAUUUAAUUGCCAAAAAACAAAGCUAAUUAAAAAUAAUUUAUUAUUAUAUAAUUAGCAUUUAUUCCAGGAUGGUUAAUUAUGUUUUUAUAAGGUUUUGUUACUGAAAUUGAUAUAUUACAUAGAAUGGGAUUGAGUCAAUUAAUAAUAGAAUCUUUUAUAUUUGGAUUGAUGCAUUGGUGGAUAUUUGGAUUUAUUGGAAGAAAGGCAACAAAUUCAAUUGUUACUGAUGAAUAUAUGUUAUUAGAGUGA